AAACCCUCGAACUGCACUCCUGUCGCUCCUUUCCCCUACUCCUUUCCUUCUUACCCGCGGCGAUCGGCCACUCCUUCGGCUGACUCCCUCGGUCGCUGAUCGCCACUCCGGCGAGAGUCCGCACCGAUAAAAGAAAUUCUCAAAUCAGCUUCCUUCGAAGCCACAUUCGAAGAAGUCAUCGGAAAAAGAAGAGAGGAAAGAGAACAGGCUCCGCUCGCCGCCAUCCUAACAUCGGCCACACGAUGCAAUAGGUCCAGCGGCGACCUCACGCGCGCCAACCCCAUCCUCCGGCCGAUCGCCGGAAAAACACCCAGUGUUGAGUGCUUGAUCACGAGGUGCGGGCAGAUGGGUUCGCUUGGGGCACAGGAGAGGGACCAGAAGGAGUUGGUCGUCAGCCAGGUCAGCUUCGGCGGCUUUGACGAAAGGGUCUCCGCGAAGGACCUCACCGAUUUCAUGGAGCACGAAGCUGGCUUGAUAUGGCGGUGUAGAGUGAAGAAUUCCUGGACGCCGCCUGAAUCCUACCCCAACUUUAACGUCCUCGACGUGUCCGACGUCCUGAGAAAGGAUGACCAUCCGAAGGUGGUUCCUCACGCUUUUGUUCACUUUGCCACUCCCGAUGCUGCCAAGAGGGCGAUCAAUGCAGCUGGCAAGUGCGAGCUUAUCUUGAAUGGCCACCCUCUGAGGGCGAAUUCCGGGAUCGACAGCUCGUUCCGCAUCAACCGGCGGCGGACAACGGAUCCCUUUCGGUUCGUCGAUGUCGGUGUUGAGAUUGGAACACUGGCUAGCAGGGAUGAAUUCUUGGUGGCUUGGAAGGGACCGAAGUUGGGGGUCGAUUUCCUUAUUGAUCCCUUCGAUGGGUGCUGCAGGAUUCUUUUCUCUAAAGAGACUGCAUUCGCCUUCAAGGAUAUAAAAGAGAUGGCAGUGAUAAAAUGUGAUUUCAAGGUGGAAUUCUUGGUGAGGGACAUCAAUGAGGUUAAGCUGUUUACAGAUCGGUACCCCCAUGUGAUGCUUUUUCAGCUCUCGUCGACUCCAUGGGUGUAUUACAGAACUGCUGAUGAUGACAUCCAUGUGACUGCCUCGUUUAGUCUGUUGGAUGAUGAAGAUCCAUGGAUCAGAACGACGGACUUCACUCCUGGUGGUGCAAUUAGUAGGAGUUCUUCAUAUCGUGUUUCAUUUUCUCCUCGCUAUGGGCGUAUAUUGGAGAAAUCCCUUGCAUAUCUGAGGGAGCGUAGGAUAGCUGAACACUGGCCUAAACGCCCACUUGCAGUUCGAGAGGAGCCAGAAUUCGGUACACUCAUGCCGGACCCAUUUUUCUCUGUUCAGUAUAAGGAAGGCAUCAGUUUUUCAAUAAUGUUCUUGGUAGAUGCAUUGGUGCAUAAAGGAAUUGUCAAUCAGCACCAGCUCUCUGAAGAGUUCUUCGCCUUGUUGAGGAGCCAGAGUGAUGCGGUAAAUGAAAUAGCACUGAGGCAUAUAUGGGCUUACAAAACUCCUAUAUUUGAUCCUCGCAAAAGGUUGAAGCUCGUCCAGGACUGGCUGCUAAAGAACCCUAAGCUUCUCAAGAGCUCCAAGCUUUUGGAUGAUAGCACUGAAGUGAGGAGGCUGGUUAUAACACCAACAAAGGCAUAUUGUCUCCCCCCAGAGGUAGAACUUUCUAACAGGGUUCUUAGGAAUUAUAAAAAGGUUGCUGAUAGGUUUCUGAGGGUGACUUUCAUGGAUGAGGGCAUGCAGCCACUGAACAACAAUGUUCUAAAUUAUUAUGUUGCUCCAAUUGUCAAGGAACUGACAUCAAACUCAUUCCCACAGAAGACCACAGUGUUCAGGAGGGUGAGGAAUAUUUUAUUAGAUGGAUUCCACCUCUGUGGUAGAAGGUAUUCCUUUCUAGCAUUUUCAUCUAAUCAGCUUAGGGACCGAUCUGCAUGGUUUUUUGCAGAGGAUAGCAACACAUCUGUGAUGGCCAUCAGGAAUUGGAUGGGGAAGUUUGCAAAUAAAAAUGUGGCAAAAUGUGCAGCUAGAAUGGGACAAUGUUUUUCAUCUACAUAUGCCACAGUGGAUGUGCCACUGGAUCAGUUUAAUCCAUUACUUCCAGAUAUUGAAAGAAAUGGAUAUGUCUUUUCAGAUGGCAUUGGAAAAAUCAUUCCAGAGCUGGCAAUAGAAGUUGCUGAAAAAUUGCAAUUAACAGAGAAUCCCCCUUCUGCCUAUCAAAUCAGAUAUGCUGGCUUCAAGGGGGUUGUGGCUGUUUGGCCAGCAGAUGAUGAUGGGGUUCGGCUAUCACUAAGGCCAAGCAUGAAUAAGUUCGAGUCCAGCCACACGAUGUUGGAGGUUGUAUCAUGGACGAGGUUCCAGCCAGGCUUCUUAAACCGACAAAUUGUGACAUUGCUUUCAUCCUUGAAUGUUGCCGACAGUGUCUUCGAAAGCAUGCAGGAUUCAAUGAUUUAUAAGCUAAACCAGAUGCUUGUAGAUACUGAUGUUGCAUUUGAUGUACUUACCAGUUCAUGUGCUGAGCAAGGGAAUACAGCAGCAAUAAUGCUGAGUGCUGGCUUUAAACCUCAAAUGGAGCCUCACUUGAAAGCAAUGCUUUCAUGCAUAAGGUCUGCGCAGCUAGGAGAUCUUUUGGCAAAAGCAAGAAUUUUUGUCCCAAAGGGAAGGUGGUUGAUGGGUUGUCUUGAUGAACUUGGGGUACUCGAGCAUGGACAAUGCUUCAUUCAGUCCUCAAUUCCUUCAUUAGAAAAUUGUUUCAUGAAGCAUGGUUCAAGAUUUUCCUUAUUAAAGAAAAAUAGACAAGUAAUUGUUGGUACGGUGGCCAUAGCCAAGAACCCCUGCCUCCAUCCAGGAGAUAUUCGGAUCCUUGAAGCAGUUGAUGUACCUAGCUUGCACCAUCUUGUUGAUUGCUUGGUAUUCCCACAGAAAGGAGAUAGGCCUCAUGCAAAUGAGGCAUCAGGAAGUGACCUUGAUGGUGAUCUUUAUUUUGUUACAUGGGAUGAAAAUCUUAUACCUCCAAGCAAGAAGAGUUGGAUCCCAAUGGACUACACCCCUGCCGAGCCCAAACUUCAGCCACGUGCGGUGACUCCUCGUGACAUUAUUGACUUCUUUUUGAAGAACAUGGUCAAUGAAAAUCUUGGUGUCAUUUGCAAUGCUCAUGUUGUUCAUGCAGACCGCAGUGAAUAUGGAGCGUUGGAUGAAAAUUGCCUCCAACUGGCUGAGCUGGCAGCUACUGCUGUAGACUUCCCCAAAACAGGGAAGCUUGUAACGAUGCCAUCAGGCCUCAAACCCAAAGUAUAUCCUGACUUCAUGGGCAAGGAUGACCAUAUGUCCUACAAGUCCCAGAAGGUCUUGGGAAGACUUUAUCGGAAUAUUAAAUAUGCCGCUGACAAUGAUGUGUCAACUGAACUGCCCUGCACUGCUGAGGAAUUACCAUAUGAUACAGAUCUUGAUAUACCUGGGGCCUCAUAUUACCUUGCUGAUGCAUGGCAAAAUAAGUGCUCAUAUGAUGGGCAGCUAAAUGCGUUGUUGGCGCAGUACAGAGUUAGAUCAGAAGGGGAGGUUGUAACCGGCCAUAUUUGGUCCCUGCCAAAAUACAAUAGCAGGAAGCAGGGGGAGCUGAAGGAGCGACUAAAAAAUGCAUACUCUGCUCUCCACAAGGAAUUUAGGCGCAUAUUCGAGGAUAUGGGGCCUGAUUUUCAACAACUCACAGAUGAUGAGAAGAGUGUAUCAUAUGAACAAAGGGCUUCGGCAUGGUACCAAGUGACUUACCACCCCCGGUGGAUUAAGAGGUCAGGUGAAAUCAAGGAGCCAGAUGGGGAUGUAGUGCCUGCGCGGCUCAGCUUUGCAUGGGUAGCAGCUGAUUACCUGGUUCGAAUCAAGAUAAGUUCACAAGAUAGGCAAAAGUUUGACAAUAGCAGGCCAAUUGAUACACUUGCAUGCUAUCUUUCGGAGAGGAUAUGAGGAACGUCCUCUCUGUUUAUCAACGUCAUUCUGGAAUCAGUCUUGUUGGGUACACCAAGGCCACUCUGCCAAUCUGCCAUUCUUCCAUUAGGUUAUCAAUGUAGGUUUCACAUUUGUUUCUUGAUGUAAUUAUCAUGCAGUUGACUCCCAAUGGUGAUAUCAUUACCAUGUUAUAAAAUUUUGCUGAUGUUUUGUCAUGUUUCAAAGAUGUUUUCAUGUUGAUUAUUUCCAAUCAUUGAAAGCUUUUUGCUAUCACUUUAAGGAUUAAAUU